AUGGCCGCCCUCUUCCUAAUGAGCCUCAUGCAGAGGACCGACCCCUUAGGAAAUGAACUGGACCGCCGAUUGACCAACCAAGUCACGUUGGAUAUUGAUCCCUUGCCCAAGGCGCAAAGGCAGGGUCUCAUUGCCGUCUCCAUUCUGGCCUUUCUCUCAUUCCUUGCCACGGGAGGUCUUCUCUCCUUCAUUACCUACCGAUUGCUCUUCUGGAAAGGAAACUACCAGAGAUAUAUUGGUUACAACCAGUAUAUUAUCCUGAUUUACAACCUGGUCCUGGCAGACUUUCAACAAUCCCUUGCCUUCCUUAUCUGCCUCAAAUGGAUCAUCACCGACAAGAUCAAGUCCGGCACCGCUGCGUGCUUUUUGCAGGGUCUUUGGCUUCAGAUCGGUGACCCCGGAUCCGGCCUGUUUGUGCUUGCCAUCGCCUUCCACACUUUUCUGCUUGUCGUAUGGGGCAAGAAGCUGUCUCACAAAGUAUUCAUCUGCUUCGUCGUUGGCGUGUGGUCUUUCAUUGCCCUCAUCGUGAUCAUUCCACUGGGAAUGUACGGAGCCGACGUCUUCAUCCCCUCCGGUGCCUGGUGCUGGAUCAGCGAGGAAUACGAGACUGUUCGUCUUUGGACUCACUAUAUUUGGAUUUUCCUGGCUGAGUUCGGCACGGUUUGUCUCUACUCCGUCAUGUACUUUCAGCUCCGAAAACAAAUUGCUGCAUCAUCUAUCCUCGGAAAUAGUCAAUUGGAGAGCUUGAAGCGUCUGAGACGUGUGGUCGGAUACAUGACGAUCUACCCCAUUGUCUAUAUCGUUCUAUCGCUGCCGCUUGCUGCGGGUCGUAUGGCUACCGCUAACGGCAGCACUCCCUCCAUCACUUUCUUCUGCUGUGCCGGUGCCAUCAUGACCAGCUCGGGUCUUGUCGACGUGACUCUCUACACCCUUACCCGCCGCGCUCUCAUCGUCGACUCCGAGCCCAGCGGCGACCGCUCCUAUAACAAGGUCGCCAGUAGCAAGGGACGCCGCGGUGACACCCACCUCACAACCAUCACCGCUCAUCCCGCAACUCGCAAGAUGGGCCCUAGCGACGACACCAUCAUCGAGCGGGAGGGCUCCACCGACAACAUCGUGCAACCGGGUGUCGAAAUGAGCCCAAUGGGCAAGGUGUUCCAGGAGACAACGAUCGAGAUCACAACCGAACCUGCAUACCCCGGAGAAGGUUCCAGCGAGCGCUCGAGCAAAGAUGACUUCCAGAAAGACGAUUUCCAUGAAGCCCCAUCGCGAAAGAUGUGGCGACGAUAA